AUGGAGUUGGAUCCCUACCAGUGCAUCGCAAAGAAGAAUCGCAAGUAUGCCUCGGAGUGCACCGAGGUCCACUUAGCCAACCUUGGUGCAGAAUCCAUUUCCAAGAAGUUCGAGCAUUUUCACUCGCUUGAAGUCGUUUGGUUCCAAGGAAACAGCUUGUCGCGUGUGGAGAACCUGGAGACAAACUUUCGUAUUCGAGAGGUUUACAUCCAAAACAACCGACUGGUGUCCUUGGCUGGCCUCAAGAGCUUCAAGUUCCUGCGGGUUCUUCUUGCAAGUGGCAACCAGCUUCGAAACCUUGACAAGCAGCUGGCCUUAUUGUCGAGAUUCCCGUUUCUCAAGAAGCUGGAGCUUUUCGACAAUCCUGUGGCGGAAGAGCCCGACUAUAGGCUUCGCCUCAUUUACCACGUGCCACAGGUUGAGCUGUUAGACCAGCAUACAGUGAAGGGUGCAGAGCGACUUCGGGCUGAUGAAGUUGUGCCAAAUUUGGACAAGGUCUCUGCGGCAAAGGUGGAAAAGCCUCGACCGAAGGGCCACCAGUUCUCAUUGCUGGAGAGGCAGUGCAUUCAUGAAGCUCGGAGCAUCCAAGAAAGACGGAGGCAAGAGGAGGAGCUCUCAAUGAGCAAGAGCUUCCAUGUUGCAGUUGACAAGGAUGCCCCACCGGACUGCAAAGUCUUCAAGGCUAACCGGGACCGGUGGAUGGACCCGAGGAAGAAGAUCGUCCACGAAACUUUGAGGCCAACGCCAUGGGAAUGCCAUGAGAUGCGGGGACUCAUUGAAGAGCGUGCUGGCAAGAAAGAGCUCACGAAAGAGGACGUCGCAGCCCUCGCGAAGGACCUUGGACAAAGCGGCAUUGAAGAGGUUGGCCGCUUCCUGAAAAGCCCGGCUGCUGUUUUCGAGGAGGUGAUGGAGCAGGAUGCUGUUGAGGCAGGCAUGACGGCCCUGGCGCGUAGCCUCAAGUUUCACACCGAGUCCAAGGGGAAGGUGAAGCCAGUGCCUCACCCCCUGGACAAGCUGAUGCAAGAUGCAUCGGCAACCCUUCCGGUUUCAGAAGUGAUCACCUGGCUUCUGAGACUGGACUGGCCUCGAUUUGAAGAUGACCUGUUGGACAGGCGUAUUGAGAAGCUCUUCGAAGACAUUCGCCGUGCUGAGUUUGCUGGCGACAAAGAGACGGUGGGCAAGCUCCGAACGCACGCAUCGCGGCUCGAGGGUGCCAAGACUUUGAAGGAGCAUGUGGAGCUCAAUCGCAAGGAGAUUGUCCAAGCAGCUCCCAAAGCGCGGGUUGACAUUUUCCCUCAGACGUUCAUUCGGGGCAAGCGUCAGAUAGACGAGGCUACAGGGCGAAUCGUCUUGAAGGUUGGCAUGGACACCAGAAGCACCAGCAUGGGAACCAUGACUGUUGCAAGGUAG